CAACCCACACAAACAAACAGACACAUACACACUCCGACUCACACACACACACACACACACGCACAAGCACCCAGCAGCCACAGCGACGGAAGAUUGAACAAGCGAGAAGAUGGGUGAGUGCCCGAACAGGUUCGCCAACGCCGCCGGCGGCGGUACUCGAAACACCGACUGGUGGCCGAACCGGCUGCCGCUCCACAUCCUCCGCCAGCACCAGCCGGCGUCGAGCCCGUACAAGGACUUCGACUAUAGGGCCGCCUUCAAGUCGCUUGACUAUGACGCGCUGAAGCAGGACCUGCGGGCGCUCAUGACCGACUCGCAGGACUGGUGGCCGGCCGACUUCGGCCACUACGGCGGUCUGUUCAUCCGCAUGGCCUGGCACAGCGCCGGCACCUACCGCGUCUUCGACGGCCGCGGCGGCGGCGGCCAGGGCCAGCAGCGGUUUGCGCCACUCAACAGCUGGCCCGACAACGUCAGUCUCGACAAGGCCCGCCGCCUGCUGUGGCCCAUCAAGCAGAAGUACGGCGACAAGAUCUCGUGGGCCGACCUGCUGCUGCUGACUGGCAACGUCGCCCUCGAGUCCAUGGGCCUCAAGACGUUCGGCUUUGCCGGCGGCCGUCCGGACACGUGGGAGGCUGACGAGUCGACCUACUGGGGCGGCGAGACGACGUGGCUCGGCAACGAUGUCCGCUACUCGGACGGCCAGGCGGGCAUCGCCGGCGACGGCGUCACGGGCGGCGACGAGUCCAAGAAGGUCAACAAGGACAUCCACUCGCGCGAUCUCGAGUCGCCCUUGGCGGCCGCCCACAUGGGCCUGAUCUACGUCAACCCCGAGGGUCCGGACGGCAUCCCCGACCCCGUGGCGGCCGCGCGGGACAUCCGCACGACCUUCAGCCGCAUGGCCAUGAACGACGAGGAGACGGUGGCCCUGAUCGCCGGCGGCCACACGUUCGGCAAGACGCACGGCGCGGCCCCCUCGGACAACGUCGGCAAGGAGCCCGAGGGGGCCGGCCUGGAGCAGCAGGGUCUCGGCUGGGCCAACAAGCACGGCUCCGGCAAGGGCCCUGAUACCAUCACCAGUGGGCUCGAGGUCAUCUGGACCAAGACGCCGACCCGGUGGAGCACCAACUUCUUGGAGUACCUCUUCAAGUUCGAGUGGGAGCUCACCAAGAGCCCCGCCGGCGCCAACCAGUGGGUGGCCAAGAACGCCGACGCUUUCAUUCCGGACGCGUACGACCCGAGCAAGAAGCACCGGCCGCGCAUGCUCACGACGGACCUGGCGCUGCGCUUCGACCCGGUGUACGAGAAGAUCGCGCGCCACUACCUCGAGCACCCAGACCAGUUCGCCGACGCGUUCGCGCGCGCCUGGUUCAAGCUGCUGCACCGCGACAUGGGCCCGCGUUCGCGCUGGCUCGGCCCGGAGAUCCCGUCCGAGGUGCUCCUCUGGGAGGACUACGUGCCGCCGGUCGACCACCCGCUCGUCGACGACAGCGACAUCGCCGCGCUGAAGCGCGACAUCCUGGCCACGGGCGUGGCCCCGGCCAAGCUCAUCUCGGUGGCGUGGGCGUCGGCGUCGACGUUCCGCGGCAGCGACAAGCGCGGCGGCGCCAACGGCGCGCGCAUCCGGCUGGCGCCGCAGAAGGACUGGAAGGUCAACAACCCGCCGCAGCUGGCCGAGGUGCUGCAGGCGCUCGAGGGCGUGCAGGCCAAGUUCAACGCGUCGGCGGCGGGCGGCAAGAAGGUGUCGCUGGCGGACCUGAUCGUGCUGGGCGGCGUGGCGGCGCUCGAGCAGGCGGCCGGCGUGCCGGUGCCCUUCCGGCCCGGCCGCACCGACGCGUCGCAGGAGCAGACCGACGUGGCGUCGUUCGCGCACCUCGAGCCGUAUGCCGACGGCUUCCGCAACUACGGCCGCGGCACGGCGCGCGUGCCGACGGAGCACCUCCUCGUCGACCGGGCGCAGCUGCUGACGCUGACGCCGCCGGAGCUGACGGUGCUCGUGGGCGGGCUGCGCGUCCUGGGCGCCAACUACGACGGCUCCUCGCACGGCGUCUUCACCACCCGGCCCGGCAAGCUGACCAACGACUUCUUCGUGAACCUCCUGGACAUGCGCACGGCGUGGAAGUCGGUCGACGGCGAGCUGUUCGAGGGCACCGACCGUGCGACGGGCGCCAAGAAGUGGACGGCCACGCGGGCCGAUCUCGUGUUUGGCUCGCAUGCCGAGCUGCGCGCCAUCGCCGAGGUGUAUGCCAGCGCAGGGGGUCAGGAAAAGUUCGUCAAGGACUUCGUGGCCGCGUGGGACAAGGUCAUGAAUCUGGACCGCUUCGAUCUUGCGUAAGGCGUGGAGUGCAUUUCUUACCACUGCUGUGUACGUAGCAAUUGAUGCCGGUUUGAAGGCAGAUGGGCAGAAUGAUAUUCGGCAAUGGUAGGACAGUUCCUGUGUUUGGUUCGUUCGGCCUCGAAUUGGCUCUUGCUCCUCUGCCCUGCUGCCUUAACUGGUGUGCUCUGCCUGGAAGCCCCACACGAGUUUUUUUCUUUUUUCCGUGCUGCACGGUCUCGAAACCCCACGAGCUUGCACUUGUCCUGCUCCGCUCUCGCCACGGCCCGCUGCAGUGCUUACGCGUCGACUCGCGAUCUUGCCAAGGACCGCUUCACCGUCUCCCCAUGCAAGACGGGCUCUUUUUCGAUCCUUGAAUUCCAAGGACUGCCAUUGAAGCGCGCAAAAUUGCGGAAAAGAAGACUGACGUCGUGAGCCGAUCCGCCCCGUCCGUGUCGCGACGUUCCUCCCAGUAUACUCGAGUCAGCUGCCGCUGCGACUGCUGUCUGUGGCCGUUGUGCGCAAGAGCAUAUCUGCUGCGGCGCAGGGCUUAGCCUGCCGGAGCC